ACCGGACAGGGCUGAGUCCCUGCUGGAACAGCGGAUCCGACCUGACACGCAAUACAUCAAGGACACACAGACCAGCUCUACACAGCACUGAACAGCUGUAUACACAACACACAGCUUUCACUUUUCACCUCAUAACUGGAAUAUCAUGGGCAACGUGCAGCCCACCAUAGUCCCAUAUGAGGACUUUGAUGUCACAGCUGAUAUCAAGGCUAUCAGAAAAGCAUGUAAAGGUUUAGGCACUGAUGAAGAGGCCAUUAUCCAAAUCCUGGCCAAUCGUUCUGCAGCUCAGCGUGUUGAGAUCAAACAGGCCUACUUUGAGAAGUAUGAUGAUGAGUUGGAGGAGGUUCUGAAGAAGGAGCUGACAGGUAGUUUUGAGAAAGCCACCAUCGCCAUGUUGGACACUCCUCCUGUUUACUUUGCCAAGGAGCUGAGGAGGGCCAUGAAGGGGGCGGGCACAGAUGAGGCAGUGUUGGUAGAGAUCCUGUGCACAGCCACCAAUGAGGACAUUGUGAGCUACAAGAAGGCAUAUGCCCAGGUGCAUGAGCGUGACCUGGAAGCAGACAUUGAGGACGAUACCAGUGGUGAUGUGAGGAACCUGCUGAUCUCACUGCUGCAGGCGAGCAGAGAUGAAGGCUAUGAGGUGGAUGAGGGUUUAGCCGAACAGGAUGCCGCAUCUUUGUUUGAGGCAGGAGAAGGAAGGUUUGGCACAGAUGAGUCGACCUUCACCUACAUCCUGACACACAGGAAUUACAUGCAGCUGCAGGCCACCUUUAAGGUCUACGAGUCUCUUUCAGGGACAGACAUUUUGGACACCAUUGACUCUGAGGCCACAGGCACUCUCAAGGAAUGCUACAUUACUCUGGUGAGGUGUGCUAAGAACCCACAGCUGUAUUUUGCUCGACGCCUUAAUGCUGCCAUGAAGGGACUGGGCACUGAUGAGGGCACACUCAUUCGUAUUAUCGUCGGCCGUUCUGAGAUUGACCUGGAGACAGUAAAGGACAUGUACCUGGAGAAGUACGAUGUUACCCUGAAGGAAGCCCUGGAUUCAGAGUGUGGAGGAGAUUUCAAACGCCUCCUCAUUGAGAUCCUGCACUAAACUCUUAUCACUCUUUCCUCCUACAGGCCUUAUUUAACUUCUGUACCUACUCAUCCUCUCCUCUCACUCCUCCUACUACUUUUAACAGUUGCACUCAUUCACUUUGUGGACUUCUUUCUAUCUAUCAUUUUACUUUCAUCCUUUCUUCUCUCUCUUCCCUCUUAGAGACAGAGUCAGUUCUCUUUGCAGCAUGGACCAAAAACCAACUGAUUAUGAUAUUAUACAGUGUUUGACACAGUUUUGCCAAGAAUAUUACACUCAGUGGCAAUUUCUUUACAGUUACAGUCCAGUGUACAAUUGAGGUACAUUGAAUACUUAACUCUGUUUUACAAUAUUACGGCAGCAUUGUGGAACUUACAUGGAACUUGUGCAGCUGAGCAUCACACUAAUAUAUUUAUCCAAAUAGAAGUCCUUUAUUCACAGUCAGCAGCUUUACAGUCUUUGUAUUUCAGCUCAGUCCAAACAUUUCAAGCUUAUCCCAAAGCUUUAAACAUAAAGAGGCUGCUGCUGCUCAAUAUUAAAUAUGCAGCCUCUUGCUUUAUAUUUCUCAUUUUAUUUGUGUUUGUCAUCUGCCAUGAUCGUUAUCUUCACUUCUAUUUGCCUCAAAGAUGCCUUUCAUAGGAUUAUAGCAAUGCAAUUUCCUUUCUGCUGCAACACUCAACACUUAAGUGCCGAAUUAUCACUUUUGAUCUCUGAGAUCUGAAUACACCAGAUUAAUUAAACAUGAUGAUAUUAUAACUCUAAUAUCAAAGGCCUGAACGCUUUAAAUAUACAGUAUGAGUUUUUUGUAGUCACAUCCUUAAAAGCAACAUGGGGUUUUAACUGUUCAUAGUCUGAUUUUUAAUCACAGCUCACAAGCUGCCUUGUUCUCACAUUUGUACACUUUAUCAGACUGUUGCCUUUUUCCUGUUAUCAGUCAGUCUUUAAAUUUACUACAAAGUUCCAGUCAUAUGCCAUUGUAAGACUUGUAUGAAAUCAUUGUUCAUUUAAAAUCUUUAGAUAAUUAUAAUAUUGAACAAUAUAUGAAUUGUGCUCUGUGACCCCUGAAGUACAAUCACUUAUAAUAACUACACUGUCUGUAUUCAUGUAAUUGUAUCAAAACAAAUUUUAUUUAAAAUCAAAAUUACAUCAAUAUAAAUUACUAUGAUAAACUGUUAUGUUAGCAUAUAAAUUUUAAUACAUUAACUUAUUUGAAAGAAGUAAUUGUUAACCUGUUUUAAUGGCAUAAAAAUAAUGUGUGUACCCUAUGUAGUGAUAUUAAAUUUUAACUCCACCAAAA